CACUCAGAACUCACUCAAACCGAUAAGUCAUUCAAAAAAGAAAAACAAGAGGAGAAGCAAUUAUCUGCCGGCCAGUCAGCAGCAAUGGCAAUUCAAAGAAACGUGGAUUCAGAAGAAGCUCCCAUCCACGGCGACAUCCUGGACACAAUCCUCACCCACGUCCCGCUCAUCCACCUGCUGCCGGCUUCCCAAGUUUCCCGGUCGUGGAACGGCGCCGUCUCGACCUCCCUCCGUGGGUUCAACAAGCCCAAGCCCUGGCUCAUCCUCCACACCCAGAACACCCGCUCCCCUUACCCGACCACGGCCCACGCCUUCGACCCGCGCUCCCGGGUCUGGGUCCAGAUCCACAAACCCGAAAUCAACUACGUCUCCGCCCUCCGCUCCGCCCACUCCUCCCUCCUCUACAUGCUCUCCCCAGCCAAAUUCUCCUUCUCCUUCGACCCGCUCCACCACACCUGGGACCACGUCGACGCCCCCAUCAUGUGGCGGACCGACCCGAUUGUCGGGAAGGUCGGCAAAUGGGUCGUCAUCGCGGGCGGAACCUGCGACUUCGAGGACGACCCGCUCGCCGUUGAGAUGUACGACGUCGAGUCCCGCACCUGGCGCACCUGCGAGUCCAUGCCGGCCAUCUUCAAGGACUCCGCCGCCUCCACGUGGCUCACCAUCGCGGUCGGGUCGGAUAGGAUGUAUGUGGCGGAGAGGAGCACGGGGGUCGGGUACACUUUCGACCCGGAUACCGCGGUCUGGAGCGGGCCCUACGACGUGCGUCCAGGGGGAGGCGGCGGGGGACUCUGCGCCUCCUCCGCGCUGGGGAUCGUCAACGGCCGUCUGGUCCUGGUGGGGCUAAUCGGAGAUGGGGCGAAUCAGAAGGUCAAGGGUUUGAAAUUGUGGGAAUUGGACGGGGAGACGAUGGAGUGCGGCCGGGAGAUCGGGGAGCUCCCGGCCGAGUUCUUGAAGGAAUUGGAGCCCGAUUUCGCCGGGCUUUCGUCGGUGAACGUGAAUUUCAAGGGGGAUUUCUUGUUCGUGACGAACAAUUCGGCGCCGGAGCGGGUGAUCGUCGGCGAAUUCGACGACGGCGGGAGGUGCGGCUGGAGCAGCGUGCGGAACUCGGUGGUGAACGACGAUGUUCGGCUUUCCAGUACGGUGGUGUACACGUGUGCCGACGUCGGGUUGGGGGAUUUGCAGCGGGCGACGGUGUCGGCGGGUUGGAGAUUCUCCCUCAAAGACGGCGCGUGACUGUCAGAUUUUAAUGAAACUUUUCCUUUUUUUUUUCUUUCUUUCUACACAAUGAAUUCAUAAAUAUUGGUUUUAAUGUCACCACAAAUUUCAUUGUAAUUACGGUGUGAAAGAGGAGAGUUUAAUUUGAACUUUUUCGAUCGUAUUUUAUUUAAUUGACGCAAUAUUUUUUUCCAUAGUAAUGCAUAUUCUCGGAGUUCGACGCCAGUGUAUGAAACGCUAGGUUCGGCAUGACACAAAUGGCAGUUUGACAAACUUAUAGUUAAAAUGUAGCUACUGGCUAGUACCCAGAAUUGAGCCUCGGAUUUCAAUAACUGCUGUUUGGGUGGCCAACUGUGAUGCUCAAUAGUUAGACGGUUGGUAUUUAGAAAAAAACAUUGACUUGACCGUAUUUAAAGUUUUUUUUUGUUGUUGUCGAGGAUUGGUGGUAAUAGAGUUAAUAAUUGUUG